AUGACCACGUACGAAAAGAUAGUCAAGGGGGCCACGAAAAUCAAGCUGGCGCCCCCAAAGCCAAAGUACAUUGAGCCCAUCCUGAUGGCCACGGCAGGCGGCGAGCAGUCGGAAAAUUUCCGGGUCAUCAUGCGGUCUUUAGCCGUUCGUUUAGACGACACUGCCUGGUCCAUUGUGUACAAGGCGCUCAUCGUGGCCCACAUCAUGAUCCGCGAGGGCGAAGAGGACGUCACGAUCUCUUAUCUGGCCAAAAACCCGCACAUGCUCGAGUGUCGCAACAUCGCUAAGUCUGGCACCUUCAUCUCCAACGGAGGCGACCUGAAAACGCUCAAAAACUACUCAAAGUACCUCACGACUCGCGCAAAGGAGUUUGCGAACGUGAAACACGACUAUAUCCGGGAAAUGAAGAAGCCCGUGAGCUCGUGGUCAGCAAAGGAGACCGGCUCCCGUCUGCGGUCGCUGAGCGUCGAUAAGGGGCUUCUCCGAGAAGUUGAGAGCGUCCAGAAACAGGUGGACGCGCUAGUGCGGUGCCGGCUCGAGGAGGCCGAGGUGAACAACGACGUCAUCAUCCUGAGUUUCCGAAUGCUCGUCAACGACCUGUUGUCGUUGUACCAGGCUUUGAACGAGGGCGUGGUUAACAUUUUAGAGCACUUCUUUGAGCUGAGCAAGUACGACGCCGAGCGGGCCUUUGAUAUCUACAAACACUUCACCAAGGAAACCGAACAGGUGGUGGCUUUUCUGCGAGUGGCCAAACAUCUGGAGCACGUGACGAAGCUGCACGUGCCCGUCAUCAGGCACGCGCAGACGGGGCUCACCGACUCGUUGGACGAGUAUUUGCACGAUCCAAACUUCGACAUCAACAGAAGACAGUAUCUGGCGGAAAAACAGAGCAAGGAAAACGGGAAAGCUCAGGAAUCGAAAGAGCAACAGCAUACUGCGGCUCCGCCUCCGGCUGCAGCGCAGUCGGUGCCUAGCGAUGGCCUGGUGUUCCAGCAGACAGGAUACAAUCCGUUUACCGGGUUCUCUCAGAUGACCACAGGCUUUAGCAACCAGCCUGUGAACGGCAACUUCUCCGUACAGCCCCAGUUUGUUCCGCAGCAGACUUUCCAGGCAGCAGUUCCAUUGCAACAAAUCCCAGAGUCUCAGCCACUGCAACAAAUCCCAGAGUCUCAGCCUGUGCAACAAAUUCAGAUUUCGCAGACACAACCGAUCCAACAGACGUCAACUUUCCAGCCUUUCCAGCCGCAGCAAACAACCACUUUGCAACGGAGCUCAACUAUCGAUGCGCUCCCGCCGCCUACAGAGCAAAACGUCCAUCCACAGCUGACAUCGUCCUUCACAGGAACAGGUUUUGGCGGCUACAGUUCGCAGCCGCCAAUUCAGAGACAGAAUACCUCGUCGCUCAAAGGAAACCUCAAGCGACAGUCGACCAAUCCGUUCGCUCUCAAGCGGACCAGUUCUAGCAACAAUCCGUUCGCCAAGCUAGAGGCCACCGACACUGGCACGAAUCCAUUUAGGUCGGCGUCUGUGAGUGCUCAGCCGCUACGUAGCCAGCCAACAGCGGGAGGGCUUGAGAAUUUGCCAACGGUGCCUGUGUUCCCAGAAACCAAGCAGGAGUUCAGCCAGCAACAGGCGCAUCAACAGGCCGUGUUACAACUACGGCAGGCCGCUGCACAGCAUAAAGCCCAGAUGACAGGAAUGAAUCAGCAGCAAACGGGAUACAACCCAUUCGCACAGAACCAGACGGGCUACAAUCCGUUUGGGGGCGGGGUCUACAACGGUCCAAACUUAAUAUAA